AUGGCUGGUGAUGACGAGAAAGCCGUAACGAAUGCAGGAGAUGGUGAUGUUGACAUGGCCGAACAACCGGAUUCGGCAGAAUCAGAUUCAGAGUUAGACGAAGGUGGUAACGGAAAGAGUGCGGCCAAUGACCCAAAAGAUAAAGAUUCGGACGGAGACAGCGAUGAAGUUGAUAGCGAGGAUGACGAUAGCGAGGAUGAGAAAGAGGCAGCGGAGGAGGCGGAGCGAAAGGCUUUGAUUGACCAAGUCAAAGCGCGCAUCGCAUCGAAUCCAUACGACUAUCAGGCGCACGUUCAGCUGAUAUCUCUUCUGCGGCGCAGCAGCAUGCUGGAGGAGCUGCGGGCAGCGAGGGAGGCGAUGAACGCGCUCUUCCCACUCUCGCCCGCCAUGUGGCAGCAGUGGGCUCACGACGAGACGCGCCUCAUUGCCUCAGAUGCUGACGUGGCCAAGGUGGAAGCUCUGUACAAGCGUGGCGUGGAGGAGUAUGUGUCCGCGUCUCUCUGGCAGGCCUAUCUGGCCUUCCUCACAGCCCACCACCCCGCCAUCACCACACACACCCCCGAUGGUCUCAAGCUUUUCCGGGCCACAGCAGAGCAAGCUCUCUCCCAGGUCGGGCUGCACCUGGGGGAGGGCGCAUCUGCCCAUGGACCUCCAACUCUUAACUUCAGUUUAUCAACUCUUCUUUCUCCUGUCCUGCCCCCCUUUCUCCCCUCCCCUCCCCUCCAGUCCCCCUCUCUCUGGCAUGGAUACCUUGCCUUCCUCACAGCCCACCACCCCGCCAUCACCACACACACCCCCGAUGGUCUCAAGCUUUUCCGCACCACAGCAGAGCAAGCCCUCUCCCAGGUCGGGCUGCACCUGGGGGAGGGCGCAUCUGUCUGGGGGACGUACAGGGGAUUCGAGAUGGAGGUUCUGCGGGGAGUGAAGGGAGAGGAGGAGGAGGAAAAGACGAAGCAGGCCGGCCGGGUGCGAGCGCUGUUCCAUCGCCAGCUGGUGGUGCCUCAUUUGCAGCUGCCUGCCACGCUGGCAGCGUACCUGGCCUGGGAGGAGGCGGAAGGCGGCGAGAAGCUUCCUGCACCCUCCUCCUCUUCCGCCCCGGACGUCGAGAAGCUUCCGGGAAGCGUCAAGGCGGCGUAUUUGAAGGCUGAAAAGAUGGAGUAUCUGGCGUUGGAGGCAGCCAGUGGCGACAUGCCACGUCAGCAGGCCAUGCAUGAGAGGGCGGUCACUGGGCUGCCUGUGGUGUUCAACGUGUGGCAGAAAUACAUUGACCUCGUUGACCACAAGCUCAAGGUGCCAUCUGUUGUGCGCUCAGUUUAUUCUAGGGCAGCCCGAAACUGCCCAUGGGUGGGCACUCUUUGGACACGCUAUUUGCUUGCUCUUGAGCGAUUGGGGGCCGCUGAUGCUGACGUGGCAGAGGUCUUUGAGAAGGCCCUUGUCUCUGGAGUUCAGUCUGCAAAUGAGUACUUUGACAUUUUUCUCACCCGCCUGGAUGGUCUGAGGCGCCGCCUCAUGCCUGUUCCUGAGCCCUCCAAAGGCGCUGCUAAAGGAGCAGCUCUUAGCGAGGAUGAGAAGGCGAAGCUGGUAGCCACCCUGCGAGCAACCUUUGAGCGUGCAUCGGAGUUCAUGGCCUCGUAUUUCCCCGACCAUCAGCAAGCGCAGCUGCACCUGGCGGGGUACCAGGCACACAUAGAAUGCCAGCUGGAAAUAGCAGGGGAGGGGGCGUCUGGGGCAGGAGCAACUGGAGCAACAGGGGAAGCUGCUGGAAAGGCCAUUUGGGAGCAAUUUGUGAAGAAGCACGGCUCCUCCCACCAGGCGUGGCUGGGCUUCACUCAGUUUGAGACGGAGAGGGGGUGCUACAACCAGGCACGGUCAGUCUUCCGCCGCUGCUACAGCCGGAAGUUUGACUCACCCUCAGGCACAGAGGAGGUGUGUUCUGCCUGGAUCCGGUUCGAGAGGGAGUCGGGAACACUCAGUGACCUCGAUCUUGCAUCAGAUAAGGUUGCUCCACGCUUGGCUGAGGUAGCAGCAUACCAUGCCCAGGAGGACCAAGCCCAGCUGUACCAACAGUGUUCGCUCUCCCUUCCUGGUCUUCCAACUCUCCCCUGCUCUUAUUGGCAGGUUGCCCCGCGCUUGGCUGAAGUGGCAGCAUACCAUGCCCAGGAGGACCAGGCGCAGCUGUACCAACAGCACCGGCAGCAGCAGCAACAGAAGCAGCAGCAGGAGCAGAAGCAACAGCAGCAGGUGGAGCAAGGGCGUGGGCAAAAGCGCAAGGCAGGAGGAGUGGAAGCACGAGGAGAAGGAAGGGGUGGAGGGAAGGGGAGAGGAGGAGGAGCAGGAGGGGACGGAGGUGGAGGGGGUGGGGAGCGAGGAGGGGAGGGUGGGGGAAGAGACAGAGGCAAGAGGCAGCGUCCGGGAUUAGGGUUUGACAAGCGGCAGGGGCGAGGGAAGGAGGGGUUAGGCAAGGAGGCAGGUUCGGCAGGUGAUGGUUCGACAGAGGAAGGGAAAGAGACCGUGGGUGAGAAAGGAAAGGAGGGAGAGAAGGCGGAAGAGGGGGAAGAGAAGAAGGAAGAGGGAGGGGAAGGACAGGAGCAGGGAGGGCCGAAGCAUGAUGGGGAGGAGAAGGAGGCAGAGAGGAAGGAAGGAGAGGAGAAGGGGCAGCAGGGGCAGCAGGGGCAGCAGGGGCAGCAACAGGGCCGUUUCUUCACGGACAAGAAUACAGUGUUCCUCUCGAACCUCGAUCUUAGCACGACUCGAGACGAGAUCCUGGAAUUGCUGAAGGAUUGUGGCGAGAUUCGGGACGUGCGGAUGGUGUUCAACCACUCCACAGGGCAGUUCAGGGGCUUCGCAUACGUGGAAUUGGGAAGUGCAGAGGCGGUGGCAGCAGCAGAGAAGCUCAACAGGGCGCCAAAACUUGAAGCAGAGGAGGAAGUGUAG